AUGGCGGUAGAUGGUGAUACAUCGAAUUCAACUGAUUCACCUGACGUAAACAAGGAUACGUUAGAUUCAACCAAUCCUCUGUACAUGCAUCCUUCGGAAAAUGCCGGAUCGAUACUGGUGUCGAUAGUAUUUGACGGAGCUGGCUAUAGAUCUUGGAGAAGAGGCGUCAUCAUAGCUCUCUCAGUGAAGAAUAAGGUUGGCUUCAUCAAUGGAAAGUGUAAGAAGCCAGAUUCCGAACAUCCGAUGUUUGAACAGCGGGAGAGAUGCGACGAUAUGGUAACAUCGUGGAUUCUCAACUCACUUUCAAAGGAUUUAGCAGAUAGCUUACAAUAUGUAGUCGAUGCAAAGGAAUUAUGGCAGGAACUGGAGGAUAGGUACGAUCAAACGAAUGGAGCAAAAUUAUACCAGCUUGAAAGAGAAAUCAAUGACCUAAGUCAGGGAACCCAAGACAUUACAGGAUAUUAUACAAAAAUGAAGAAGCUUUGGGAAGAAUUAAACACUUUAAAUGCACAUGCUCAAUGUAAAUGCCAAUGUACUUGUGGUGCCAAGGCAAGUAUGCAGAAGGCGGAACAGGACAUGAGGCUAAUUAGGUUUUUAAUGGGAUUGAACGAGGUUUACACAGUCGUGAGAGGGAGCAUUUUGAUGAUGAAUCUGUUGCCCGGCAUUGCACAAGCUUUUUCCAUCCUAAUCCAAGAAGAAAAGCAAAGGGAAGUUAGGACAAAUAACCACCUGAUGAUAGAGUCUACUUCAAUGAAUGUCAAUGGUCCUGCAAAUCCAGGUUUUAGGACUAACUAUGCUGAGAAGAGAAAUAACAUAGGGAACAACUCAUACAGAGGCAAUUAUCCAUCAAAUAGGUCACGCUUGUUUUGUGAUUACUGCAAGAAGCAAGGGCACAUUAAAGACAAAUGCUACAAAUUACACGGAUUCCCCCAGGAUUUUAAAUUCACUAAAGGGAAAAAUGUGGCAUCUGCUGCAAAUGUGCAUAGAGGAGCAGAAGAGAUGAUUCCUGGAGCACACAGUGAAAUAGAUGCCGGAAAUCAAAGUGUGGGGAUUCAAAACUUGACAAAGGAGCAGUACAAUCAGCUACUGCAUCUAUUGGAAAACUUCCAUGGUGGAAACGCAAUUGAAGUCUCAAACAAUAUUACAAGUGGAGUAGCAAACUUUGCAGGCCCCUUCAAUGAAGAGGCCUCUUGA